GCUAUUGCCUAGCCAUCCUAUCCACUUCACAGUCCUCAACAUCUCUCAUAAGCCAAAAAACACAGAGCCUGCACAGAGUGAAAAAUAUGGCGACUUCCCUUCUGUCUCCUUGCUUAGGCCUCCCUCCCAAACUCAAAAACCUCUCCCUUAAUUCCACAACAUGCUCUACGUCCACUUUCAGCUCCCUCAGUUUCUCCUCUUCCCUCUCUCACAGUAUCUUCAACAAAGGGUGUUUGUCAAUGAGGACAACUCAAAGAUCAAUUCACAAUUUCUCUAUUGUCUGUGAGUCGACUCCAAAGAAAAAGGCGGAUUCAGCUGAAAAGAGAACUCGUCAAGCUGAGAAAAGAAGAGUUUAUAAUAAAGCUCGCAAGUCUGAAGUUAAAACCCGCAUGAAGAAGGUCUUGGAAGCACUGGAUGAUCUGAAAAAGAAACCUGAAGCACAAUUUGAGGAGGUCCUUCCUAUUGAAAAGCUAAUAGCAGAGGCAUACUCGGUGAUUGAUAAAGCUAUAAAAGUGGGAACCUUACAUAGAAACACUGGCGCGCGCAGAAAGUCAAGGCUUGCCCGGAGAAAAAAGGCUGUGGAGAUUCACCAUGGCUGGUAUAGUCCUGCUCCUGCAGCAGCAACUGCAAGUUAGGACCCCUUGGUUUACCUUACGUAAAGGAGCAUAGAAGAGGGGAAUUUUUCUUUGUAUUAGGAGGAUGAUGCUCUCUUUUUUGUUACAGAUGUGUAAUUCCUUUUGGUGCAUAUAAUAGACAUCUAUCUGUUCUGUCACCAAAAUAUGACAAUAUAUGUCGUCAGUAUGUCAAUUCUUAGCAGAGAACAUGCUCUAGAAAGCUAGUUUUUGUGACGAUGACUUGUGAAUGAAUUGCUUGGGUGGAUGGGCUGUGAAAGGCCAUGCCCCUUGCAUAUUGCGUGGA